AAUUCAAUUUUCAAAGAUGAAGAUGAAUCACAUUAUUGUUUUCUUUUUUGUUCUCCUCUCAUCAUAUACCUCACAUGUUUCUUCUUCUGCCAAUGAUUUCUGUGUAGCAAACUUGCUCAACAAUCCAGACACCCCUUCAGGCUAUCCAUGCAAAUCACCAACAGUGGAUGAUUUUGUGUUCUCUGGCUUUGUACCUGGAAACUUAAUCAACGAAUUUAAUGUAAAAUUAACCAAAGUAUCUGUCAUUGAAUUACCAAGUCUCAAUGGACUCGAUGUCUCUGCGGCAAGAGUAGAUAUUGGUGUAAAUGGAUCUGUUCCGAUGCAUACUCAUCCCGAUGCAACUGAAUUACUAAUCAUGGUUCAAGGUAAAGUUACAGCUGGAUUUAUUAACCUUACAGAAGUUUUUGUCAAAGAUCUUCAGCUUGGUGAUAUUAUGGUUUUUCCUAAGGGACUAAUGCAUUUUGUUGUUAACUCCGGUGCUGAAGAAGCUAUUGCUUUUGCUACUUAUAGUAGCUCAAAGCCUAGCUUUCAGUUUCUUGAUUAUGUAUUAUUUAGAAAUAACUUACCUACUUCUAUAAUUGCACAAACUACUCUUCUUGAUGUUUCACAAAUUAAGAAGCUUAAGGCUCGGUUUAACGGCACUGGCUAGGAUUACUUAUGAAUAUCGACUUCUAUGUAAUCAAGUGUGUUUGGUUAUUAUGUUUCUAUGCCAAUUUUCAUGAUAAUAAUACGAG